AUGGCUAUCGAGAACUUUGACGAGUCCAUUGGCGCUCACUUUCAAUUUGCACUCUUUUUCAGCUGCAAAAAGGCGGUUGAAUAUGAUGAAGAAUACGAAGAUGUUACAGUAAAUCAAAUGCUUGCUCCAAGGAGUCAGGAGACAGACACGACUCUGAUACUUAAUAAUUUACUCAAAGACUACGAUCAGAAACUCCGGCCAGAUAUUGGAGGUAAACCAACAGUCGUUGAUGUUGACAUAUAUGUGAACAGCAUCGGACCUGUUUCUUCUAUUGAUAUGGAGUACCAGAUCGACAUCAUAUUUGCUCAGGCUUGGACAGACACCCGUCUGAGGUACAACAGCACCAUCAAGCUGCUGACGCUCACGGCCAACAUGGUGGGACUUAUAUGGAUACCGGACACCAUCUUCCGGAACUCAAAAGACGCCGAGGCACACUGGAUCACCACGCCCAAUCAGCUUCUACGAAUAUCUAGUAGUGGAAGGAUACUGUACACUUUAAGGAUGACCAUCAAUGCCGAGUGCCAGCUGCAGCUCCACAACUUCCCCAUGGACCAGCACUCCUGUCCUCUCAGCUUCUCCAGCUAUGGCUUCCCUCGGGAUGAGGUGAUCUACAAGUGGAGGAAGAACUCUAUAGAGCUGGCGGACCAGAAGUCGUGGCGCCUCUACCAAUUUGACUUCACAGGACUCAGGAACGCCACUGACAUCAUGAAAACCACAGCAGGUGACUAUGUGGUGAUGACGGUGUACUUUGAGCUGAGCCGCCGCAUGGGCUACUUCACCAUCCAGACCUACAUCCCCUGCAUCCUGACGGUGGUCCUCUCCUGGGUCUCCUUCUGGAUCAACAAAGAUGCUGCUCCGGCCAGGACCACCCUCGGAAUCACAACGGUCCUCACUAUGACCACCCUGAGUACGGUGGCCCGGACGUCUCUUCCGCGCGUGUCCUACGUGACGGCCAUGGACCUGUUUGUGACGGUGUGUUUCCUGUUUGUGUUUGCUUCGCUUAUGGAGUACGCCUUCCUCAACUACUACUGCUACCGCUUCCAAAAGCCGAAGUGUGGGGCCAAGAAGGAUAAACCGCGUGCAUCUGCCCAACCUCAAGACUACACAACACUGAGCCUUAGCUGUUCCCCAACUGUGGUGACUCUCAACAACACCAUGUAUUGGCAAGACUACGACGACACCUGCCUGUACGAGUGUCUGGAUGGCAAGGACUGCCGUAGCUUCUUCUGCUGUUACGAGGAGUGUAAGGACGGGGACUGCCGCAAGGGCCGCAUCCACAUCGACAUCGGGGAGCUGGACUCAUACUCGCGGGUCUUCUUCCCCACCUUAUUCAUAUUGUUCAACAUCGUCUACUGGGUGGGCUACCUCUAUCUUAUGUGA